GUAAUCCUCUAGAAUUAGGUUACUUUAAGGCGGUUUAAGUUUCUCUAUAUAUACACAUAACAACAUUACAUGAAAGCCAACAAAAAAUACACAAGAAAAAAUUUACAUUGAUUCUUAUUCUUAAGCAAGAAGAGAGAAAACAAAGAGUCUACAACAAUGAUCGUGUACGAGGAUAUCAUUAGUGGCGACGAGCUAUUGUCCGACUCGUACCGCUGCAGCGAACUCUUCAAUGGGUGUCUUUGGGAGGUAGAAGGGAAGUGGGUUGUCAAAGGUGGUCACAUUGAUGUCGACAUUGGUGCCAACCCUUCAGCCGAAGGAGGAGAGGAUGAUGAAGUUGUUGAAGACGAGGAGGGUGUCAAGGUUGUCGACAUUGUCGAUAACUUUAGGCUGCAAGAACAACCUGCCUAUGAUAAGAAGCAGUUUAUUGCAUGGGUUAAGAGGUACAUCAAGAACUUGACUGCUAAGUUGGAGGGUGAUAAGGCUGAUGAGUUUAAGAAGAACGUCGAGGCAGCAACAAAGUUUCUGAUGUCGAAGCUCAGUGAUCUUCAGUUUUUCGUGGGUGAGAGUAUGCACGAUGAUGGUGCUACGGUCAUGGCUUACUACAAGGAUGGUGCUACUGAGCCGACUUUCUUGUACUUCGCUCAUGGUUUGAGGGGAGUCAAGCAUUGAAGGGUGCGAGUGCUAAGGGACUAUAGACUAUAGUAGUGUUUGGCAUAAUUCUAGUCUUUUAGAUUUGGUUAUUCUGUUGUUUAAGUUUUCUUUAAUUUCUGCAUUAUUUUGGUUAAAUUUUGGUAUGUACUCCGUAUUAAAUUUCCUAAACGCAAUAUAAUUCUUACUUUCUUAGCAUAUAUUGAAAUUAAUUUUUUUUUUAGGCUAAUAUCUUUAAUAGUACCAGAUU